AUGAGUCGCGACGUCCGUCCCGUCGCAUCGCGAUCAUGUCGUCCAUUCCGUAGCCCUCCCGUUUAUCUCCCCUCGCUACCCAUCGCCUCGGUUAUCUCCUCUCGCUGCCCGCUGCCUCGUUUAUCGUGGCGCCGUUCCCUCGCCUUCGAUGUCCCCGUUCCUUCCCGUCGCCUCACGAUCUCCCCUCUCUCCCCUCGCCUUCGAUGCCCCCGUUCCUCCCGUCGCCUCACGAUCUCCCCUCUCUCCCCUCGCCUUCGAUGUCCCCGUUCCUUCCCGUCGCCUCACGAUCUCCCCUCUCUCCCCUCGCCUUCGAUGUCCCCGUUCCUCCCGUCGCCUCACGAUCUCCCCUCUCUCCCCUCGCCUUCGAUGUCCCCGUUCCUUCCCGUCGCCUCACGAUCUCCCCUCUCUCCCCUCGCCUUCGAUGUCCCCGUUCCUUCUUGUCGCCUCACGAUCUCCCCUCUCUCCCCUCGCCUUCGAUGUCCCCGUUCCUUCCCGUCGCCUCACGAUCUCCCCUCUCUCCCCUCGCCUUCGAUAUCCCCAUUCCUUCCGGUCGCCUCACGAUCUCCCCUCUCUCCCCUCGCCUUCGAUGUCCCCGUUCCUUCCCGUCGCCUCACGAUCUCCCCUCUCUCCCCUCGCCUUCGAUGUCCCCGUUCCUUCCCGUCGCCUCACGAUCUCCCCUCUCUCCCCUUGCCUUCGAUGCCCCCCCUUCCUUCCCGUCGCCCCUCCAUGCACGUCGUCUAA